CGACUUUCUUAAAAUAAGAAUAUUCCCGUGAAGCACAUAAAUCAACUCCACGUGUCUCAUAGUAAAAAAUCAAUUUCUGAUCAAUAUUUGAAUUAUUCCACGAUUUUCAAUUUGUCCAAAUCAUCAGCAGUUUGAGAUUCAAAAUAAGGAAUUUCUUCAUUAAAAAUGAAGUUAAUUAUCCCUAUAGUAUCGUUGAUACUAUGGCAUAAUGUACACGCUGGUCGACUUGUUUAUGAACGUGCCCCUGAUGGUAUUGGAAAAGCUUAUGAAUACUUGUUCAACAGAAAUCCACGUGCAACUGACGAGUUCUCGUCUUCACUCAACCAAAUGCAAAUGAUUUCUCGUAUUACAACUGGUAUUUCUAUGCAAUAUGGACUCUCCAAUGGAACUAUCACUUUUGAUGAUCUAAUCCCUGAAUUACUUCAUUUUGGAACUAUCACUCCUACUCAAAUAUCUGCAAUCACUACUGAUAAGUUAACUGAGAUUGUUGAUGGGAUUAAUGGGCUCCAAAGGAAAUUAGAUUCGAGUAGUGAGCAGCUUGAGGAACAGCUUAUGAUGUUUGCGUCUGUUUAUGAGAAGACUAAGGGUGUGGUCCCAGGGAGCAUUAUUCCUAAAGACGAUGUAUACAAGACUCAACUUGAUGCAUUGAAGAUAAAAUGGAGCAAAGUAGAUUCUUUUGCAAAAGGAAUUGUUAUUUUUCUAAACGAAAUGGAAAGUAUGGAAGGAGUGACCAGUGAUGAUGACGCUAAUAUCAAAUUAAGUGACAUGGCGCCUCAUUUACCAAAAUUCAAAGAUUGGACUUUGGAAGAAUAUAAUGUUUACGCACAAAAUCAGCAUCUCCGAAACAUUCACAUUUCCUAUCCUUCCCUCAAUUUAGUCUACAAAGCAGUGGCUGAGUUUUUCCCAUAUAAAAACAGUCUAGAUGGUUCUCUCCUACCCCAAGUCCAAGAAAACAUCAAUAAGUUGAACACACUGGCUGAAAAAAUAAAACCAGAAGCUCCGAUGAUCUCACAACUUCAUGAGUUAUUCUUGUCUCGAAGUCUUAAAAAAUCGGUUAAUUUCAAGAUAAUCUCAGGAUUGUUAAAUGGAAUCUCAGAUAUUCAAAUGAUCUUUACUGACUUGAAGAAUGAAUGGGUGAAUAAGACAGUUGAUGGACAAGCUUACAAUCUGGGAAAGGCCUUGAAUCAAUUGAAGACUUUGGGGAACAAUGCACAGCAGGUUGAUCUAUCGAUUGUGCCGGUCGAGGAAAAGAUUUUCAAGGAUGUGUCUAACCUGUAUCAGAAAGUCAACAGUCUUAAGGAUCUCACUGUUAUUGUAAGGCCUUUGAUUGGGACUGUCACAGGUAUUGAGAUUCCUCAAUCUGCAAUCAGGAUUCCUGCGAUUGACGUCAUCGGUCAACUUAUUGAUAAAAUGAAGUUGCUUUCUUCGAAGCUCGCUGCUCUUGAAAUUUUGGUCCACCUUUCAAAAACUUUACGAUCUGCAAAGAACACGAUCAAAUUGGAGAAGAUGAAAAACAUAACGACUGCAGCUGAAGGAAAACUUGAAUUAUUUAAGAAAAGUUCGGAUUUCAAAGACAUCUACAAGUUGAUUCUACCUGCCAAGAAAGCUGCCCAAAAAUUGAAAGAAGCGCCAACUAUUACGGAAACAGUCACAAAAAUCCAAACGAGUUUUGGUAACCUUACUACUUUUGUUGACGACUUGAAAAGUUUCCUAGAUGACAUAAAGUUUUUGGAGAAUAUCAAGGGGAUUGAUUCAUUGAAGCCAGUUAUUGAAGUCAUCAGAGACUAUAGAGAUCCAAAAUUAUUCAAAAAAGUUGAUCUGAGUACUUUAAUAGGUCAUUUGCCAAAACUAAAAAGCACUCUCAAAGUACUAGGAGACUACAUCAAAGGAAUCAAAACUUCAAAGCAUAUGGAAACUGAAGCAUUGUCAACAUUCACUAACAUUUCUGUAGGAUCACAAGUGGUUGGAAUGGCAACACGUGGAAUCACGAAUAUGCAGAUGAUGAGUAGCCAGACAGUUGAUUUGAAGAUUGUGAAGGAGUUGAAAGCUGUGAUUGAUGAAGAGAUGAAGAAGCAUCAGUUGAAUCCAUCAGAUGUCAAGAAUUUGAAUUCACUGGAUGGAUUGGAGGACGAGUUGAACAGGAUCAAGACGGCCAUUUCAGAUUUUAAGAAAUCUGUGAAACCAGUGAAAUCCUUCAAACUUUCUAAUUAUUCUGGAUUCUUCCAAGAUGCCAAAAAAGUUCCGGGAAUCAAAAUCAACUUGCCAGCUAUCAUUGGUUCUGUGGAAAAGUUGAAGGAUCGCCUGUCGACAAGAAGAAGAAGAUCAGCAUCAGCAUCCCAACUCGACACACUCUUGAGCCUUCUGAGAUCUCUUCAAAUCUAUGAUUCCGCCAAGUUCUCCAAAGCUUUCGAUGACUCUGCCAAGUCCUUGCAAGCACUGGACACAUCUUUCACUGCGUACAGCAAAGCCACGUCUAAGCUUCAAGGUCAGAAAGGAAGUCAAUCUCCCAGAUCCCCUGGAUCUUCUCCAACAAAGGAAUUGAGUUUCUUGGAAAAAAGUUCACCUUGGUCCUAUAUCAUCAUCGGCGUUGCAUCUUUUUUAAUUGUUGCAGUGCCUGUUGCUGUGAUUGCAUUUUUUUUUUUGGAAAAGAGAGCCUGCACUAAAGGAUAUUGACUUUGUCAAUUUAAACACGCAGUCCGGUGAUCAAGAAAUCGACAACUCGGCAUUCAUCCCACCAAUAUCUGCUGUUCGAAAAUAUCUUAGUGAUCGUUUAUAUCGGGUGCAAAGUACUGCAAAGCGUUUGGAAAACGAUUUUGGAGCAACAUUUUAUAACAUCAUUUACGCGAACAAGAUGAAAGUGCUUGCUAAGAAAACACCCGCAGUGUCGGAUCUUGUCAAAAAUCACUCUAAAGAUCACAGAGUCGAAGUACCACUUUUGGAAGCAACACGUGUCGUUCUAAAAGGUUACGGAAAACGAUUUGCCGACGAUUACAUUCACGCGAGCUACGUCACAUGUCAAAAUGGACUAAAGUUGAUUUUGACGCAGUCACCACAAAGUCUUACAGUGAAUCCGGUAAAACCAAAGACCCACAAACACGCAUGAAAGAAGCCCUGUAACUCGACGAUUGAGAAAUUUUGGUGGAUGGCGAGACAGGAGAAGGCGACGGCUAUUGUAAUGAUGUGUAAUUUUGUUGAACAAAAUCCUGCAGAUGGUCAGGCGUUUGUUGCUAGCUCGGAAUAUUUCCCUCUUAAGAAGAACGAAAUAUGCGAGUUCGAAGGUGGCUCUGUCAAAUGCACGAAUUACGAACGGGAGUAUAUUGGAAUCAUUACGCGUAAACUGACUUUAAAUUUCGAUGAUGGUGAGGAAUUCAAAAUUACACACCACCAGGUCCUGGAUUGGAAUGGUUUGAACGCUCUCGAAGAUCACAGGGGUGCUGGUUUGGCGGCUAUGUUCCUUAUGAAAUACGAAACGACAGCGAUCGUCCACUGCGUUGAUGGUGUCUCUCGUUCAGCUGUUUUGGCAGGAAUGAUCAUUGGCUUCCAAAAAAUCAUCGAGACGCGUGGAGAUAUGAACGUGGCUGAUCUGAUUGAUGAUCUUCGGAAACAACGUGCAAUGGCAAUUACCUCGGGUUUGGAACUUGCGUUUGUUGAUGCUGGAAUCUUUCUGCUUUUUAAACGAAUGAUGAACAACUUCGAAGAAGAAUAUCCAGAAGACCUCAAACAGAUGCUCAAAGAUGCUGUUCAGUAUUACAAAUUAAUUGCGGGCUACCAAGUCCAGCAGCGGGACAAUUAUUUCAAGAAACUCGAUAAUAUGGGCAAAAAACAAAUGAAUCAGAAGAAAAGUACCGAAGAAGGUGUUGACAAGUCGAAGGAACAAGGCAAGGAUGCAACUGUGAUGAAAGAGAAAUCUCCCUUGGCCAAAGUUAACUAGAA